AUGUCUUCAUUCUCCGUCUUCCGUCUCGCGACGCGCGCCGUCCGCCCUUCCGGCCUCUUCAGAGCUUCUCAAUUGCCCCGGACCCGGGUGCAGACUCCCGCUGCUCUCGCCUUCGGCCGUCCGGCUUUCAGUACCUCCAUGAAGCUCCGCUCCGGCCAGCACGACGAUGAGACAUAUGAGCAGUUCUCUGCCAGAUUCGAGAAGGAAUUCGAUACUGUGCAGGAUGUCUUCGAACUCCAGCGCAACCUGAACAACUGCUUUGCUUACGAUCUUGUCCCCUCUGUUGAGGUUCUCUCCUCUGCUCUCAGGGCCGCCCGCCGCGUCAACGACUUCCCCACCGCUGUCCGGAUUUUCGAAGGUGUCAAGGCCAAGGUUGAGAACCAGGACCAAUACAAGCAAUAUCUCGAGGCCCUCGAGGGUCUCCGCCAGGAGCUAGGUGUUGCUCUCCGCGAGGAGCUCUACCCUGGUGAGGAAUAG